UCUGAUCUUGAUGAUUAUGAUAGUCCGACCCCCGCGAGAGGAGAGCAUCAACAGGAUCACUGAGGGGUGCUAUGAGUUUGGCCUAGGAACUUCUAUGCAAGAAACGUGCGGUAGAAUUAAGUCAGAUACUGGUUAUUGCCCGUUUAUUCACCCAUAUUACUAUCAUGUCUUCUUUUAUUAGAAGCGAUUAUGAUCGUGACAAGAUUCGUUCACGUGAAAAAGAUCGCGACCGUGAAAGAACGAGCAGCAGCAAGCACAGCAGCAGGGACGGGCGGGACCGCGACCGAGAUCGAAAAGACGAGUACAGAAAAUCAGAAAAAUAUUCUGACAAAAGAGAUCGUGACAAAAGGGACAGAGAACGUGAAAGAGACAAAGAUCGUAGUAAAUCACGUAGAUCUAGAUCACCUCAUGAUAGAAAAGACAGAAAACGAAAUAAAGUGGAAGAGGAAGAUGAACAGGAAGAAGUAAAAACAGUGAAAAAGGAACCGCUUUCACUUGAAGAAGUAUUAGCAAGAAAGGCGGCUGAACAAGCAGCAUUGUCAAAGCCAAAAUUUCUAUCAAAGGAGGAGCGAGCCAAGCAAGCUUUAGAAAGACGUCAGCAGCAAGUAGAUGAGCAACGAAAGAAGCAAGAAGAAGAAAGAAAUAAACAGUUAUCAUUCUUAAAAGAAGCUAAGAUUUCUUUAGAGGAUCCAAAUGAGAAAGAGAGAAGAGAAAGAAGAGAGAGACGGGAACGCGAACGAAUGGAAAGACCCGAUGAUAAAGAUGAAGUAAAGGACAGCCGAGAAAGAGAGAAGGAGUUAUCAGCGAUCAAGAAUCGGUAUCUAGGUGUUGUGAAAAAGAAGCGGCGUGUUCGCCAUUUAAAUGAUCGGAAGUUUGUGUUUGAUUGGAAUGCCGAAGAAGACACCUCAGUAGACCAUAAUCCACUAUACAAAGAGAAACAUCAGAUCCAGUUAUUCGGUAGAGGACACAUCGCUGGUAUUGACAUCAAAAUACAAAAGAAAGAACAGACGGCAUUUUAUAAAGAUCUACUCAGUGAGAGAAGAACUAAACAGGAGAAAGACAGAGAAAUUGAAAGGUUGAAAUCAGUGCGCAAGAAGGAAGACAAACGCCGCCAUGAUGACAGACAUUGGAGUCACAAAUCUUUGGAACAGAUGAUGGAGAGAGACUGGCGUAUCUUCCGUGAGGAUUACAACAUCUCUUCCAAGGGUGGUCGUAUUCCUAAUCCUAUCCGCAACUGGAAGGAAUCCAGUUUGCCAGAUCACAUUAUGGAAGUUAUAGAUGGUCUUAACUACAAGGAGCCUACCCCUAUCCAGCGUCAAGCAAUUCCUAUUGGCUUGCAGAAUCGUGAUGUAAUAGGUGUUGCCGAGACUGGGAGUGGUAAAACAGCUGCUUUUCUUAUCCCUCUUCUUGUAUGGAUUACAACACUACCAAAACUCCAAAGAGAGGAAGAUAUGGACCAAGGCCCAUACGCCAUAAUUCUUGCGCCAACCAGAGAGUUGGCUCAGCAGAUAGAGGAAGAAACCCUUAAGUUUGGCAAACCACUAGGCAUACGCACCGUGUCCAUUAUUGGUGGUAUCUCCCGUGAAGAUCAGGGCUUCAAGCUACGGCAAGGCGUAGAGAUAGUUAUUGCAACCCCUGGUCGUCUUAUUGAUGUCUUGGAGAAUCGCUACCUUGUUUUGGUUCAGUGCACCUAUGUGGUACUUGAUGAAGCAGAUCGUAUGAUUGAUAUGGGUUUUGAACCAGAUGUGCAGAAGAUCCUUGAGUACCUGCCAGUGAGUAAUCAGAAGCCUGAUACAGAAGAGGCAGCAGAUGCAGAAAAGAUCAUGGCAAACUAUGGCAGCAAGCAAAAGUUCAGACAAACUGUGAUGUUCACCGCUACUAUGCCGACGGCAGUUGAAAGGGUAGCAAGAUCCUACCUCAGACGACCAGCGAUUGUUUACAUUGGAUCCGCUGGAAAACCAACUGAAAACGUUGAACAGAUAGUAUACAUGGUUGAUAAUAAGCAGAAACGUCACAAGUUGGUGGAGAUUCUGGAACGUGGAACAGAACCACCUAUUAUCAUUUUUGUCAACCAGAAGAAGGGCUGUGAUGUUCUAGCCAGGUCACUCGAGAAAAUGGCUUACAGCGCAGUUACGCUUCAUGGGGGUAAGAGUCAAGAACAGCGUGAGUAUGCUUUGGCAAGUUUGAAGAAUGGUUCCAAAGACAUCCUUGUUGCUACGGAUGUUGCUGGGCGUGGUAUUGAUAUUCAGGACGUCUCGAUGGUUAUCAACUUUGACAUGGCCAAGUCCAUUGAGAACUACACACAUCGUAUAGGUCGUACAGGACGUGCUGGUAAAAAGGGCGUUGCCGUAACAUUCCUGACGCCAGAUGAUAGUCAGACGUUCUAUGAUUUGAAGCAACUGCUGGUCAAUACUCCAAACUCGACAUGUCCACCAGCUCUAGCUAACCACCCUGAGGCCCAACAGAAACCUGGCACAGUUAUACAGAAAAAGAGGAAGGAUGAAACUCUGUUCAUUAAUUAGGGGUUUUGCUGUCACCUCUCUGCUGCAGCUUAUGGUAAAGGUGUACAGUGGCGGAUUCAAGGGGGCCUAGCCAACCAGGUACAAAGCCCCCCCCCCCCCAAAUUUUCCAAAAUUAUAAAAAAAUAAAUGGAGAAAAAAAAAAUUGAGUGCCAUUUCCAGCCAUCUAGAGGUGCCACAAUGUUAAAUUUUCUUAACCACAACCCCAAACAUGAUGGGGCUCAGGCAAGGGUCAUUUCCCCUUGUCAGACAGACCUGGAACCCCUGUUGUCCAAAACUACAAAGAGGUUGGCAGAUCAAAAAUUUGAAAAAAUAAUAAAUUGCCUUUCCAAGUAGCGUCAUUUUGAUUGUCCGUACCUAAUAUUGUGAUAUAAAGGCACAAUUUGGACCAUAAUAAGUCUGGAAAACUCUCCCCAUGAACCUGAACAGGGACAACGACUGAGGCUCUAGUCGGCCCAUUUGUUUGUACCUCUACGUCGAACAUUUCGGACCCCUUGUCUGCAAAUUUCUGGCACCACUGCUGCUCAGGUGGUAUACCUGUAGACCCUCUGUCUGUGAAAAAUCGCUCUCUGGGCCCGUCUAUUUCGAAUUCGUGGACCUGCUACAGGUCUAUUUUUCUAAUACUAUAGUACCAUCUGCAAUAAACCUCACUACAAGGAAGUAAUGAAGUCACAUUUUUCGCUGGAAAAAGUGUGUGACUGGCAGUCGAAGGCAACAUUAAAUUUUGGCUAUGUAGUGUACAGAUAACAUUUGGUGAUGGAGGCAUUUUAUCGAGUUAUUAUGUAAUUAAGUCACAUUUUUCGCUGCAAAAGGUGUGCGAUCGGCGGUCAACGGCAACAUUUAAUUUGGGGGGAAAAAUUCAAAAAUAUAAACUGUGGGCUAUAUAGACCAUUUUAUCAGAUUUAUUUUGAAACAGCGCCGCCAAUGUCUCACAACACACUGGGGACUUCCAGCGGCCUAGCCUGAGCAGCUGGCUAGUUACAAAUACAGCACCACGCAGCAGAAACCUUUGCUAUAGCAGCAGUAGACAACAGAUACGAUCUUGCUAAUAACUGUAAUUGCUGUAUAUGUAAACAUUGAAAUAGCUUUUUAAGACUUAGACUUGUUUUUAAUAUAAAUAUUUUCGUGUUUUUUUUUUUCGUUUUAAAAUAUUUGUGCUCGUUAAUAAUUUAGUUUUAUCGUUGAUUUAAUCCAUGACGGUAACUACGUAGAGCGAAAUGCUAGUCCUCUGAAAGUCCCCCAGUGGUAGUUGCCAGGUUAUGUGAAAUUUUUAUUUCAAAUUUCACGAAAAUGGUCUAUAUGUACAGAUAACAUUCGGUAAUGGAGGCAUUUUAUCGAGACAACUUCCAUAUUUGGAGGCACAACAUUUUUUUUCCAGGCCUGGCAAAAGUAUACAGGAUAAUUUUUAUCAAUUACUGUGUUAUGAGGAUAAUUACUUGAGACAGAGAUAUCGGGCUGUUAUCUGUAUUAAAGAAAUAUGUUGACAUGGUGGCGUUGUUUCAAAAAUGGUACUGUACUAGGGUUUGCCUGAUCUGUAUUGCAUUUCUUCGGUGUAUUGUGCACAUUAAAAAAGAAAUUGAACCCAGAAGGUUUGAAUUUGGAAAUGUGAACAUUUACAUUUUCACCGGUCUAUAUUAAGCAAGUAGAGUCAGGUUUUGAGUACACUACAGGAAAUAGAAGCCAAAGAAGCCGUUAUUUCGUGAAAAAAUUGCCAGAAACUCACAUGGCUGAAGGCAGUUUUUGAAGGAAAUAAUGGCUGUUAGGGCUUCUAUUUCCUAUAGCGUCAGAAAUUACUUGACUAUAAAUUGCUUUAUAAGUCAGUUGUGACAUCCAUCACCUUUUCUAUCUCCCUUUAACCAAACUGCUGGUUGUAAAGCGGUUGCUAUAUAAAUCAAACUGCUAGUUGCGGUGGUCGGUUGCUUAGUGAUCACUAUUAUAUUAAAACGUAGUACGCGCACUGAAGAAGAAGAUGAAUAAAUUGAAUGUGGUUAAAGAAGCUUUUUAGGUAUACCUCCUAACCUCCUGGUAGACAUUUGUGUAAUAAAUUAAAAUGUAUUGUAUUGAAUUAUUUCUAGGUCUUAUUCAUGUUCCCAGUGCCGUAGAGCGAGAUUUGUUAGAUUUACUGUGUGUUACAGCUUGGCCUAGCAACGAAAAAAUUCCAUUGCGAUGUACUUCAGUAAAAUCACACCAGCUAUAAGCAUUUUGCACAUGAUAUGCAAAACAUCGGAAGCACUAUAUCGAAUUAGCGAUCAGUCUAGAAUAGGAAAAUUCAGUGCAAAUGAAAGUGAUGACGUCACCACUGACUUAUAAAGUGUAUUAUUUUGAACAGUUUUCUAUAACCAUGUUUUCAAUUAUUUAGGUGUAUUUUUCUUGUAAUUUAUUGCAGUAAUGAAUUUCACCAAACCUAAACUUCUAAAUAGAUUCAUUCACUUGAACAUUAAUAAUAAGCCAGGCUUAAGUGAUCAGUUGUCCUCUCAUCUACACAAUUUGUAGUUGUGACAUUUUUUGGUAUCUACAGUAAUUAUUUUACCUUAUUUUCAUAUCAUAAGUUGUAAAUAAAUAAAAACAAAUUGACAUAACAA